CCGUCGCAGACCGGAUAUAUUUAGUCCAUUCCCAGCUCAUUACCGUGCGUUAGAGACGUGGGCGUCUAAGACGCUGGAUACGGCCAUAGACGGAUUCGGGCACGCUUACGAAGAGUGCCUGGCCAAUGUUCGAAUCAACGGAGAAGCUCAGCUUGCUGAACUAAGGCCCGUCUACGAAUCAUGCGCUGAACACGAAUUAGCCCUGCUGCCCUUGAUCUGUCCGAUAGCAGAUGAUGGCAUCCGAAAUUCAAGAUUAGCGCCUGACUAUAUCAGGGACUAAAUGUGUAGAUUAUUGUCAAGACCAAUCUCCGAACAUGCACACAUGAGCGUAGCGCUAGACGAAGCGUCGAAAAGCAACGGGAGCAGACACGUUUUCCGCAGAUCGAGAUCUACUGAUCUGGUGAGCGUACUCUCAACCAGAAGUUGCAAGGGUACAAAAGGAUCAAGGGAAGCUCAAUCAGCUUUCCGUCCAUCCUCACUUCACCAUGGCGGACCACGGUCAAGAUAAUAUGAUUGGAAUCGAUCAAAUAUUCAAAAAUGCCACGAAAAGCAUUGAAGAUGCAGAAGCUGCCAUGAGCAGAGCCAAGACGAGCGUGGAGAAGGCGAAAGUGUCCAAGGAGGGACGAAACAAAGUUGUUGCCAAAGCCAGUGAAAUCGUCAAGGCGUUGCUAGAGCCCGCUUCUCAAGUGUCAAAUUUGUUGAAUUUCCUGGGCAAUUUCUACCCUCCGUGCGGAACCGCCGGAACUAUACUCCAGGGAAUUGUGGAUCUGGAGGCCGAAAGACGAGACAGUGAUGUCCGAAUUGGCCUCGUGUUUGUUGACAUGUCUACAACCCUGAUAGUUCUCGGGACAUUGAAGCCAGGAUUUCAACAAAUUCAGAGUCUCGUGGCUCCCCUAGGCCAGCUACUGAAUCGAAUUUGUGACACAAUGAAGAGCUUUGGGCAGUUUAGCGAAGCAUUUUACGAGGCGAAGGGCCUGAAGUCGAAGCUUAAGCACUACAUUCAUGCGAAGGACAACAAGGACAAGCUCACCGAGUUCCACGAUAGUUUGGAGUCACACAAGAAGGACCUAAGCUUAUUGCUCACGACUCAGACAGUCCUGAUCACGUCUUCGAACGCAGCGUCAUUGACGCGCAUUGAAGGGAAAAUCAAUUUGGUAUACGGCUUCUUUGCAUCUCUCACCGAUGAGAAGGAAGAUCAGGCGAUCGACUUCGUUAAAAGCCGUGGCGGCGAGGAGAAUGUGAAGAAUAACGAUUCACUUUUAGACAAGUUUGCGUCAAAACUUGGAGAGACUAUUACUCCGAACAUUCGUAGAACUAUCAAAGAAAGUGCGGAGGAGAUUUUCAAGCAAAGCUAUGCUGCGUUCAACCUCAAGUUGCAGUUCGCCAUCGAACAGCAUAUUGAGGACUCAACCGAAGCGAUUCUCAGGGAGCUGCAAUCAGGGCCCUACGAACUCAUCAGCGAUCUAGACGUGAAGGAAAUCUGGAAAUCUACUGCUGCAAAAGAGUCGAGCGUGAAGAGACGGCAAUUCAUCGACGCUAUGGUCUAUUAUUUCAAUGUUCAAUGGAAGUCGUACAAAGUAAAUAACAAGGCCAAUCGGGAGGAUGCUUGGACGAAGUCCAUUAUCUCCAAAGUACAUUAUCAUCCGGCCAUCGGCGACGCCAUUGAUGAUGAUGCGAGUGGCUACAUCUCCGUUGAAGAGGUGAACGAAUUCUUGCGCAAAAAACCAGCUAAUUGGACUAUCCCUCAAUGGAUUGCUUACUGGGCAUACGGCUGGGAUGCUGAUAACAUCUUCUAUCAAGAGAAAAUCGAGAAAUCCUAUAAGCAACUUGAAAGCCUACGUGACAAGCAGGGGCCCAAUGCGGAGCGUAUUCAGCGAUAUCUUGAAGAGACACAGAAAUGGGUCGAGUUAAUCUCGGAUAGUCUCUACACCAUGGGUGAUCUCGAUGCAGCUGCAGAGACUCACAUGGAUAAACUACGCAUCGAAUGGCGCAAUCUAGUCGAAAAUACCAUCAAAACUCGAUUGAAGAGUGUGAACUUCAAAGUUGAGUAUACUUCGAUGAGCGCUAUCUGUGGGAGCGAGAGGAUUGAAGCGACCUUCCUUCCACUCGUUUCACUCAUUUUAUCUCGUCACGUCCAUAUGCUAAGUCAAGCGAAAGUCACAGAUGAAGACGUGGAGGAGUCAAUAAGCACAAUUCAGACAUUAAUCGAGGUUGCUCAUGACCGUAUUGAUGAUCUCCGAGUCAUUUGGCGACGUCAGCGGACGGAUGUUGAUGUGCAGAUUAGGUACUAUUCGAACGGCCUGUUCCAGGACUAUUUCAAGGCAAACCGGAUGGACUUCGAGACCGAUAGUGAAGAUGAAGAUCUUAGCGAGUGGGAUUCAGAAGAUGAAUGGGGCUCAGAGGACGAUGCAGAAGAACAGCAUGAACAUGCAGCAGACGGAAAAGCCCCUGUCGCAUCGACUGUUCAAGAACGCUCACUACCAUCACAACGUGAGAAUGCUUCUCCAGCGGCAGAAGUAAACGUGGAACGGAAUAUCGAGAGUCCGUCCCAGCGCUAUCGUAGGGACACGCAGCGCGGUAUCAAACCAUCGUACGCACAAAGCGAUGAUGAAGAACCUAACGAGCACGUUGCUCUGAGUGUCGGAGGGCACGACAGUGAGAACGAACAGAGUGUGAAUCGUUCAAGCGAUGUUCCGCCCGAUAGUGAUGUGGAACAGGUUCAUACGGACGAAGAACCUGGAGAACAGGAUGUAGAUGAUGAUCAGGACGAGGGAGAGCAAGGGGACGAUGGAGGGGACGAUAGCGAUAAUCAGAACGACUCGGAUGAAGACUAGAUGAUGAACAAAUUGUACACGGUUCACAGUGCUCGGUUUAUCAACUCAAAUAAUAGAAACGCC